AUGUAUAUUCCAAAGCUUAUGGAGGUAAAUGAUUUUUCCAAGCAGGCUGAUAUCAUCAGAUCCAAUCCACUUGGUAUAAUCUUCAGCUAUGCAAUGCCCCAAAACGGAUUUAUGGGAUUCAUCAAAGGCAAUGAAACAUCGGCAGUUGAUAGUGAAAUGUGUGCUACGCAUGUACCUUUCGUUCUAGUAAAGGAAAAAAACGGCAAAACAAAACUAGUUGCACAUUUGGCAGCCAAGAACCAACACAUUCAAAUGCUUGAAAAAUACUCCAAAUGUAUGGUCGUCUUUCAAAGUGUUGAUUCCUACGUCAGUCCUUCUUGGUACCCUCUGAAGAAGAAAACCCACAAAUAUGUCCCGACGUGGGAUUUUGCAACCGUUCAUGUCUAUGGUGCCGCUAAGAUAAUUCGUGACAAAACUUGGCUGUUGAACAUGCUCGGUCAGCUUACAGACCAAGAAGAGAACAAGAGACCUGAUGGCGACGAAUUUGAAGAAAAGUGGAAAGUUUCCGAUGCGCCAGAAAAAUAUGUCGAUACCCUUUUAAAUGGGAUCGUGGGUCUGGAGAUCGAUGUCACUGAUAUUCAGUCAAAAUUCAAGCUUCACCAGAAUGAAGCCGCAGUCAAUGUGAAAGGAGUUUUGGAGGGCUACGAAAAGGAGAUUGGAGGGUGCAAAACACAAGAGCUUGCAAAACUGACAAAGGAGAAUCACCCACAUUCGAUAUGA